UCGAAAUCUUGAUUUCUCAUCCUCUAUAUAUGAACAUAGCAACAGGAGGGCACAAACUGGCAAGCAUGGCCAAAGUAAUUGUUCUUCUUCCCAUUAUAGCUUCCCAUCUCGCAAUCUUCACCCUCUUCUCUGCCUUUACUACAACUAUAGUGGCCGGAGCAGAUAGCGAUUUUGGAACAACUAAAACCCAGAACCUAUAUCGGCUGAAGAAGGAAAAGCUUACCCAUUUUCGCUUCUACUGGCAUGACAUAUACAGCGGCCCUAACCCCACCGUCGUCCCCAUCGUGAAUUCAACCAUUAAAAACUCCGUCUCUGGUUUCGGUUUCAUAAGCAUGAUGGACGACCCAUUGACCCUGGAGCCACAACAGAGCUCCAAACUUGUGGGAAGAGCUCAAGGUCUUUAUGGAGCAGCUUCGCAGGAAGAGGUUGGGCUCUUGAUGGUGAUGAAUUUUGUGUUCCUUGAAGGGAAAUAUAAUGGUAGCACCAUAACUAUACUGGGAAGGAACAAGGCUCUCGAGAAGGUGAGAGAGAUGCCGGUGAUCAGCGGCACUGGGCUGUUCCGGUUUGCCAGAGGGUAUGUUGAGGCUUCUACUCAUAGUUACAAUCAAACAUCUGGAGAUGCUGUUGUUGAGUAUAAUGCUUAUGUGUUGCAUUACUAGCUAGUUGAUGCAUUUUAAUUAAUUUUUUUCUGUUUUAUUUUCACGUAAUAAUUUCAUUCAUAAUUAAUGGAUGGAGAUUUGGAUCCCAA